CGGUGUCAGUUCAAAGGUUUAUGAUUGCAGUAACAUUGCGUGACUGUACGUUUAGUUCAUAUUUAAAUUGUUUUUUUUGUGGUGUGCCUUACCGGUAAGACAAUAAGCAACAAUGACGGUUAUCAUUAAACAUUUGUAAAGUUCGCGCGUGUCACGCAUAGAUGCCGCCAGAUGCGCCAGGGUAUGAACAGAAGCUGCAGGUUGAAGGCCGGAGCGAGGCGAGUUUUCACGCGGGGAGCUUUCGAGACUAACAGUGAUCGUCUCGCCACGGACGUCACAUUUUGGUGGUUUUCUGACCGGUAGCAAAGCAUGGAGCUCCCGAGUGAUAUCCUACUCUACAUUUUCAUCUUCCUCUCAUUGGAAGACAGACUUUCUGCAUCGUUAGUCUGUAAACAAUGGGCCCAUAUUUUCACUUCAACACAACUUUGGAAGAAAGUCACAGUCAGCUUUGUCAAUGACACACAAGAAGAAGACCAAAAAAUGCAAGUGUUACAGAAAUUUGGGAGUUUGAUCAAGUCUCUCAAACUUGUUUGCAACCAGACUGUUUUAACCAACCGAAACAAUGCAUGCAGAGUCAUGGACCACUUGGCAAACGGGUCAAUGAAUCUAGCCGAUCUGGAGAUUCAGUUCAUUGGGGAAAAUCCAUAUUUUUAUUCGGGUCAAGACUUUCUCCAAAGUUUGAAGAGGCUGUUCAGUGCCGCGAGGAGCACGGACGCCUUGCACGGAUUCCGUCAGAUUGAUCUUCGGAGGCUGCCCUUAACACUUGACGCGGACAUCGUUUGCUCACUGGCGGAUCGCAAUCGCGCGUUGCACAGCCUCUACCUCAACAAUGGCAGCUUGGUGUGCCUGGUCUCGCCCGAGUGCCUGCUCCGAGUAGUGAAGUGCUGCAGGCAGCUCAGCUGCCUCGGUGUGUUUCACGCAAGUCUCUCCUCAGAGGUGCUCGAUGCUUUUUUGGAAGGUGACAGGAAGCCCUUGGACAUGCUAGAGAUACUCUGCCAGAGGAUAGACAAGUACACAUACGACAUCCCGGGCGGCAUGUGGAAGAGACUGUCAGAGCGGUACGUCGCCAUGCGAGUCGCCGUUGAGUUUGAUCACACGGUCCCCGUGAGCAGGAUGAAUGAAAUCCUGAAGCCCGAGAUCCCGGUGAGCACUCUGCGCUUCAAAACGUUCACGUACCUCGUGGAGCAGUUGGAAUUCACUGCCCUGAACUUUGCCAAGACUCUGACAAAGUUGGAGAUUCACACGACCAAAUCUGAGGAGCUAAACGAUGCUUUGAUGACCAUCGCAAAACAGUGUGUGUGUUUGCAGGAGAUACUCUGCUACUGCGUAUUGUCCGGCGAGACGGUCCAGGCCUUCUUAACACACUGCAAAUGCCUGAGACGUUACAUUUUAAAACAACAGCUGGAGCCGCAUCCCUGGUUGCCAGUUGUUGUAGUGUAGUUCGUA